AUGGGGCAGGAGGUCAGUGGAAUGGCCACUGUCAGCCUGCUCCUUGCCAAGGCGCUGGGACUGCUGCUGUGCAUGCAGUUCUGCUGCGGUGCCACCAACAGCCCGCUGGCAGCUCCUGGGCCCAGAGCUCACCAUGCUCUGCAUCGUUCUGGGGGGUCCUUCUCCGCCUUAGCCAGGGUGUCCUCGCUGUGCAGGUCCCCCCCCCCUGUGGCGGCUCUGUCCCCGGCCACCACGUCUACCCCGGUGCCCUUUGUAUCGCCCCGCUCCCCGCAGCACGUCGUGCUCUACCCCAUGGUGUCCAAGAGCCUGCGCAACAUCGCGGCGGGAAAGGACCCGCUGGAGGGACAGCGCCACUGCUGUGGCAUCGCCCAGCUGCACGAACACCACUCGCUGGGCUACGCUGACCUCGAUGAGCUGCAGAAGAACCCGCAGCCCCUCAUCUUCGACAUCGAAGUGCUCAAGGUGGAGGAGCCUGGCUCAUACCAGCAGGACCCCUGGGCCAUGACAGACGAGGAGAAGCUGCAGGCCGUACCACUGAUCCACAAGGAAGGCAACGAGCUCUACCGGCAGGGCAAGGUGCCCGAGGCAGCCUCCAAGUACUAUGAUGCCAUCGCGUGUCUCAAGAACCUGCAGAUGAAGGAGCAGCCUGGCUCUCCAGACUGGAUUGAACUCGACCAGAAGAUCACCCCGCUGCUCUUAAACUAUUGUCAAUGCAAGCUGCAGUGCCAGGAGUACUAUGAGGUGCUGGAUCACUGCUCCUCCAUUCUCAACAAGUAUGAGGACAACGUCAAGGCCUACUUCAAACGGGGCAAGGCGCAUGCGGCGGUGUGGAACGUGGCUGAGGCACAGGCUGACUUUGCCAAAGUGCUGGCGCUCGACCCCUCGCUGCGCCCCAUCGUGGCCAAGGAGCUGAGGAGCCUGGAAGCCCGCCUACGUGAGAAGGACAAGGAGGACAAGGUCCGCUUCAAGGGCAUCUUCUCCCAGUAGAGCACGCAGCUGCAUGAGAGAGUCCAAUACUCUCUGACCAGGUUCUUUUAGAUAUUCCACAUGUGGAAUGUUUAUUAAUGUUUAUUAAUGUUUAAUACAGAUUUUACUUAUUUGAAGUUA